GUUUCUUGUAAAAGGACAUCUGUGGCAGACAGGAGAAGAGCGAACUCCGAGAGCUGGUGACAGGUUCCACCAUGGAGGCUAACCUCACCGGCCCCUGGCCUACUCGGGCCUCGUUGUUGACGUCCCCAAACGCCAAAGCCAACACGAGCAAUGUCAUGGACAUGGUUCAGGUCUUCUUCUACAGCGUGGUGUUCCUCGUUGGUUCCCUCGGCAACGGGGCCGUGAUCGCCAUCACGGCCCGCCAGGCCUCUCGCACCGUCAACUGCGUCUUUUUCCUCAACCUCGCCUUGGCGGACUUCCUCUUCUCCGUCAGCCGGAUAGUGCCGCUGAUGAAGAACGCUUUCUACAAAGGCGACUGGCCCUUCGGGAGCGUCCUGUGCAAAGCCAACAGCUUCACCAAGUACCUCAACAUGUUCUGCAGCGUCUUCCUCUUGGCGGCGAUCAGCAUGGACCGUGCCACCUCCGUGGUCUACCCAAUGUGGUUCAGAAACCGCCGCGGCCCUCGCUUGGCGUGGCUGUCUGCCUUUACUGCCUGGUUCGCGGCCACAGCGGCCAGCCUCCCUUUUUACAUCUAUCGCAGUGUGGUGUUUGACUCCAAACGCAACGAGACGAAAUGCUCCCUCACCCUGGGGGACGGGGAGAGCGUGAAGUUGAUCUUGUAUCUGCUGCGGCUCGUAUGUGGGUUCUUGGCUCCCUUCGUCAUCAUCGUGGCUUGCUACGGGGUGAUUGCAGCGAAGCUGAGGCAACGCCAAGCCACCAUCCGCUCCAAGAAACCCUUCAAGGUCAUCCUGAUGCUUGUGAUCACCUUCUUCUUCUGCUGGGCACCGUACCACCUCUUCCUCCUCCUCAAACUGCAGGGGUACAAAAGCCAGGGAGUGUCCAUCGGCCUCCCUCUCGCAUCCUGUCUGGCGUACCUCAACAGCUGUGCCAAUCCCAUUCUUUACUUCUUCAUGGGCCUGGACUUCCGCCGAGAAAUAGGGCACUGGGACUUGGCAGGGGCCUUCCGGAGGACUUUGCUCGAAGGGACCGUCUACUCAUUCGGGGGGGUCUCCGGUCGCAAGAAGGGAGCCGCUUGUUCCGUCGAUGAGCUGGGCUGCUCGACGGUAGCCCACGAGCUGGCCUGA